AAGUUUUCAGUUUUUAAAGUUUGUUGGGCGGUGCCCUCUGGAGUUAACUGGGCUUUUGUGUUGGGCCUCUGUGUGCUGGGUGUAUCCUCUUUUGAAUGAGAGCACCCCCUGAACUCUUGUUUCAACGUGCCUUCUUAUGCAAAGGAGUUAUUAAAAACUCCAGUAACGUUAGCUGUCCUGAAUGUUGUUGUUUUUUUAACGUUAUCUGUGACUCUCCCGUUAACCUGUGCGGAUCACGUUUCCUGUGCUAAAAUACGACCUCCUCAAAACAAAGCAGGACUGUAUGACUUGACCAUUGUAUGUAAAAUCCCGAAUAACGUUAACGAUCCCAUUGGCUGGUAUGAAAACUAUGAAUGAAGGGAGCCACCAGUCCCUCAGAGCCGCUGAUAAGCUGACAGACGGAAGCUACAGAAUUCACAAUGAUAACAGCAACCAGCAGACGUUCACCCGUUGAAAACCAGUCGCUGCCAGCUGCCAUCAUGUCAGCAGACAAGCACCCGGACCAUCCACGUUUUGUGAAUCCUCCGCCUCCUGAGGUGACCAACCCCAGCAGGCCAGGCCGAAUGACCAACCAGCUGAAGUACAUGCAGAAUGUAGUAAUUAAAUCCCUGUGGCGGCACCAAUUGGCCUGGCCCUUUCACCAGCCUGUUGAUGCAGUCAGUCUUGGACUUCCAGAUUAUCAUACGAUAAUAACCUCUCCCAUGGACUUGGGAACCAUCAAGAAACGGCUCGAGAACAACUACUAUUGGAGCGCGAGUGAAUGUAUGCAAGACUUCAACACCAUGUUCACCAACUGCUACAUCUAUAACAAGCCUACAGAUGACAUAGUGCUGAUGGCCCUCGCAGUGGAAAAAAUUUUCUUGCAAAAAGUUGCCCAGAUGCCCCAGAGGGAAGUGGAGAUUUCCCCUCAUGCUGCCAAAGGGAAAGGCCGAAGAAGUAGCACUCCAGGAAGUGGGACCACAUGUUCUUCAGCUACGACGCCCACACCUCAGCCAAGCCACAGCUACACGCCCUCCAGCAUAUCGUCAACGGCCAAAGACCAUUCACACAACGCCACAAAAAAGAAAGGGCGGAAGGUAGGCGGCACCUCUGAUCCUGAAACUGAACAGGGCAACCUGAGCGAACAGCUCAGGUAUUGCAACGAUAUCCUGACGGAAAUGCUGUCUAAGAAAUACGUGGCCUACGCCUGGCCCUUCUACAAGCCCGUCGACGUCGACGCUCUGGGGCUACACGAUUACCGCGAUAUCAUCAAAUACCCCAUGGAUCUCGGCACUGUUAAAAAAAAGUUGAAUGGAGGAGAGUACCAGGAUGCACAAGCCUUCGCUGCAGACGUUAGGCUAGUUUUUUCCAAUUGCUACAAAUACAACCCUCCAAAUCACUUUGUUGUCACGGGGGCCAGAAAACUCCAGGGUGUGUUCGAGACGAGGUUUGCAAAGAUGCCAGACGAGCCGGUGGAGUCGCUUUCACCAAUGAGUGCCGUGUCCCCGAAGAGUGCGGGUUUUGGCGGGAUAAGCGGCAGCGGCUCCUCCAACUUAGACAAAUCCAACUUGGCAGAGGAGCGUGCCACCCGACUUGCCGAGUUGCAAGAACAGGUGGGUGCAGAACAGCUUAAAGCUGUUCACGAGCAGCUCUCUGCACUCUCUGAAGUCCCUGUGAUUAAACCCAAGAAGGAACGAGAAAAGGACAAGAAAGAGGACAGCAGGCAACUUAAAGGCCGGAAAAAACCUAGCUCCAGGCAGUCGUGGAGGGUAAGCAAAGACUGGGACUCGGAUGACGAAAGUCUGCAGAUGACGUACAUCGAGAAGCACCAGCUGAGCCUGGACAUCAACCGGUUGUCUGGCAUGAAGCUGGGCCGCGUGGUGCAGAUCAUUCAGACGCGGGAGCCCUCGAUGCGGGACACCAGCCCCGACGAGAUCGAGAUCGACUUUGAGAUCCUGAAGCCGUCCACUCUGCGCGAGCUGGAGCAAUACGUCAAGUCGUGUCUGUAUAAGAAGUUCAAGAAAUUUCAAAAGAAAAGCAGUCAGCUUGUGUCUCAUCCCGUCAGCUGCAGCAGCUCUUCAGACUCGGCCAGCAGCACCUCCACUGACUCCAGUUCAGAAAACAGUGACUCGUGACAACUGGAAUGGUUUUAUUUCUUUCGUGACUGAACAAGAGUGGCUCUUCAAAAACAAAAUUUUUGUAUUUGUUAUAUGUUCAAAUAUUUGGAAAGGUGAAGUUCCCACACCGUGUUUGGUAUUCAGUGUGGCUUUUCUCACUUUCUUUAUAAAUCGCAAUAUCCGUCACGUGUUUUUUUUUUUUUCUCUCUCUCUCUCUUAUCAGACACUAAAAAUUCACAACAUUGCUAGAUGGCAUGCUGCUGGGGCUGGGGCACAUUUCAUAACAUCAGAGUUUCAACCAAUA